UAUUCCCUCAAGUACAAACAGGAAAAAGGUAAAACCACUUCUAUGACCUUCACUGUCUCUAAAGUCUAUUUGUGCAAACUUAUUGCUUCAGAGUUUCACUCUCUCCCAGCCCAUGGAGAUGGCAUAUGGUGCUGUUCCUGGCGUAAACGCGAGUCUGACGGAAAGGAUCUAAUAAUCACUGGUUGCCUGGACAACAGUCUCAAACUUUGGGACUGGGAUGGGAAUGCACUCAAUCUUUUGGGUCCCUUGGAUGGUCAUCGCUUAGGUAUCGUUUCAGUCGACAUUAACAAGCCAGGCACCCUUGCUGCCUCAGGCAGUCUUGACAACCAGGCAAGUUUCGCUUAUGUACAAAAUUUACUUAUAUUUCGUUCAAUAAUAUUUUGGGACCUUGAGCAGCGCCGUCAGGUGAGCGUUUUCGAGGGCGAACCGGCAGAGACAUGGUCAGUGGCCUUCUCGCCCGAUUCUCGUUUCAUCGCCACCGGUAGCCACUCUGGUGCCGUUCAUAUGAUUGGCGUUGAGUCUCAUAAGCUAGAGAGUUCAAUCAGCCUCGAUGGAAAGUUUGUCUACUGUCUUGCCUACAGUUAUGAUGGGACGCGUCUGGCUGCAGGCGCGGUGAGCGGAAUCGUGAGCAUUGUGGACCUGCGAACAGGUGCCAUCUUUCCCCUCGAUGGCCACGCCGUACCCGUCCGCUCCGUUGCCUUCUCACCCGACGGUCGCCUUCUUGCCUCCUGCGCUGACGAUAAACAGAUCCGCAUCUAUGACGCAAACGAUGGACGUCUGGUGGCAUCGAGCCUGAAUGGGCACUCUUCGUGGGUGGUUUCGACAGUUUUCAGUCCAGAUAACCGCCAUUUGGCCAGCGCAUCCACCGACAAGACUGUUCGUGUAUGGGACGUCGUCGCAAAGGCAGAGGAGCACGUCUUUACCGACCAUGAGGAUCAGGUUCGUCUUUGUCAUCCCUAUUUUGGGGCAGUUAGUCGUAUUGUAAUCGGUUCGCUGCCCUGCAAAGCACUGCAAAUUGUCGCUAUCGUCCCAACAAUGCUCGGUUCAAAAGUUCAAGACGAGGUCUGGGCUGUGCGUUACAACGAUGACGGCUCUCAUUUGCUUUCUGUCGGCAGUGAUCAAAAAAUCAUAAUCUAUGCGUGUCCCAACCGUUCUUAA